UAUAGAGAACAAGACAAUAUGGUUUUUUCAAAAUCAUUUUAUACAUACUUAACCAUCAUUUCUCUAUUGUUCAAUCUUUUUCACUUUUCAUACAUUGAAGCUCAGAAUGACGGAUUCACCGUCAACCUGAUUCGAAAAAGGCCUAACAAUAUUAUUACAAAUGGUGUACAAGCACCUACAAAGGCCUACCUUGGUCAGUAUCUUAUGGAGUUGUAUAUUGGAACUCCGCCGAUAAAAAUAUUGGCGGAGGUAGACACAGGAAGUGACCUUGUAUGGGUCCAAUGUGUACCAUGCCCUGGGUGUUACGAACAAAUUAAUCCCAUGUUCGAUCCUCUAAAAUCUUCUACUUACAAUAAUAUCUCAUGUGAUUCGCCUUUGUGUCAACAACUUUACUCACAUGGGUGUUCUCCCGAGAAUAUUUGCAAUUACAACUACGGCUAUGCAGAUAAUUCAGUAACAAAUGGCCUUCUUGCACAAGAAACAAUUACCUUAACAUCAAACACAGGAAAAUCGGUUGGCGUUCCAAAAAUUCUUUUUGGUUGCGGACAUAACGACACUGGGAAUUUUAAUGAUCAUGAGAUGGGUAUCAUUGGUCUCGGAAAUGGACCAAUGUCACUCAUUUCUCAAUUAGGUCCUUUAUCUGGAGGAAAAAAGUUUUCUCAAUGUUUAGUUCCAUUCCAUACUGAUAUUAGCAUUUCAAGCAAAAUGAGUUUUGGAAAAGGGAGUGAAGUAUUAGGGGUUGAUGUGGUUACUACACCUCUGGUUUCUACGGAACAAGACAUACAAUAUUCUGUUACAUUACUAGGCAUUAGUGUGGAAGAGACAUUUUUGCCCUUUGAUACUAAUAUUGCAAAGGGUAACAUUAUGAUUGAUUCAGGGACACCACCGACUUAUUUACCGCAAGCAUUGUAUGAUAGAGUGGCUACUGAAGUUAGAAAUAGGGUUUCAUUGAAACCUAUUUUGGACGAUCCUAGUAUUGGUGAUCAACUUUGUUAUCGUACACAAAAUAAUCUUAAUGGGCCAACACUAACGUUUCAUUUUGAAGGUGCAAAUGUAACUUUAACGCCGGUCCAAAUCUUCAUUCCACCAAAAGACGGUGUUUUUUGCUUGGCAUUAGCUAAAAAUAGUGGUAAUGAUCCAAGCAUUUAUGGUAAUUUUGCACAGUCAAAUUAUUUAAUUGGAUUUGAUCUGGAAAAACAAGUGGUCUCUUUCAAGCCAACAGAUUGCACCAAACAUUAG